AUGGCUCCCCAGGGUAAACGGGCAAAGAUUGGAAGUGCUUGUCAAAGGUGUCGUCGACAAAAGCUUAAGUGCGACAUUAAGCGCCCCUGCACCCUAUGUGCUCGUGCUGGUGUGGAAUGCCAAACAGCAGACCAGUGGCGAGCAGUUCAACCACCACAGAAUAAUGAGAGAGAAAUAUCAACGCCCAAACGCAAGCCUGUAUUCGGCGUUGAGCUAUCGGAAGAUGUUAGCAGUUCCGAGCAGCCGUGGUCUAGUUCUACCAUGUCGCUGGUACAAGGGGCAUUCCAUUUACACGAUUCUACAACCCCAGAUACAUCAUUGACAACUGCCUUACCGGGUGGUGGGAUACUGAAUGGGCCGACUAGCCCGACGCCUGGCUCCCCGCUCCCCGCUACUAUAGCCUCCCGACCACGAUGGUUACGGUCAACUAUGGAAGAUCUAGUUUCACUAUUCCCAUCACAUCAAGUAGCGGCUUUGUUGGUCGAUACAUAUUUUGACCGCGUGCACUGGUUCAUGCUCAUUUUUCAUCAAGACGAUUUCCGACAAACCUGGCAACGAAUGUAUGACUAUCCAAGAGAUCAAGUGGUUGACCACUUUCCAAAUCCAGGGUUCAUCAGUACAUUUCUUGUCGUAAUUGCAAUUGCACUACAAUACGCAGGUACACACAGAAAGAGGCUUUUGAAGGGUCAUGGAAUAUCCCCAGUGAAUCUCAAAGAGAAAAUUCUGUCCACAACCCGCGCCAAGAUACUUGAUAUUGUUUCGUUGAGGUCUCUGGAGUCAGUUCAAACCUGCAUUCUUUUGGGAACUUACUAUCUGUACCAUGGAAGUCCGGAGCUAGCGUGGCCAGUUUGUGGCUGUGGGCUACGCGUUGCCCAAGCUAUGAAUCUGCAUCGAAAAGUGUCAUCCACAACACCUAUGACACCUGAGAUGCACAGACGGAACGAGGCUCGGAAACGUUGUUGGUGGGCCAUUUACGAGAUUGAAACCUUUUGCUCUAUGUCGUAUGGAUAUCCACAUAACAUCAACGACUCGGAUUGCGAUGUUGAGCUUCUAGACCCGCUGGCUAAGUCAGCUACCGGACAAUCGUCUGCGUCUUUUGACGACACCCAUCAAUUUCCAGCAAGUCUUCUGUCUUAUAAAUAUUUAAUGUCUAAGCUAUCAAUCCUGGUCAAGGGUAUUCUCACCGAUCUAUACAGACUCGGCCCUCUAAAAGGCAAGCGUCAUUCAGGCAGUUGGAGAAGAGAAAUACCCGGUCCUUUACAGCUCAAGGACCUGGAUGUUAGUAUGACAUAUUCCUCCGCAGAUGAAAUGGAUCAGGACAUUGGUGCUUCUGGUCCCAGAUUCGAGGCCCACAUUUACCAAUUGCAGGCCCUUGCUCUAGAGCUUGCUUAUGAAAAUGCUAGAAUUCUUGUUCAUCGCCCAUUGUUGGCGUACAAGUCAAUUUCGUUCGGUAUGCGUGAAGCUCAAGACAAUCAUAACCAAGCCCAAGGCCCGCUGAGUCUAGCUCUACAAUCCUGCCGUGAUGCCGCUUUGAAAACUUCCAAGGUCGAGAAGACCAAAAUAUUUUCGUUGGCGACUUAUACUUAUUCGGCAACGUUCAUCGGGAUUCACACUUUUACGGCCGGUGUCAUGCUUUGCAUUUUGAUCAGCAAUGAGCCCUUAGGCUUACAUUCCCCUGAAUCUAAGAUAGGCUUACGCCGGUUAUUGGGAAUGCAAUCAAAAUUAAAAUCACAAUCAAAUUCUACUCUGGCCACACAAGGCUUGGCAAUCCUCGAGAGGCUGGCUAGGUUAGUCAUGGAAAAAGAGCUAGAAGAGAUUUUGCGUGGAUCACAGAUCGUGCCCACGCUCGCUGAUCCCGGAUGGGAGUCUCUUGCACAGAAUUCUGAUGACCGUGAUCAGGUUCACACUUCAAAAGAGCCAACCGGGGAGCCCACGGUCAUAUACAUAGAUGACCCAGUCAUGUCGCAGGCCCUCUAUGAAUUUGAUCAAGAACUGUCGAGAAAUUAUCUCAAUCCACCACCGGAACCCCAGUUUCCCGAUAUAUCUGGCUCUGCGAGUGGAUUUGCUCCUGAGCAGGGAUGGAUCUGGGGAAUUGACAGUCUGGCACUUUUCCCGGAGUUAUGA